GUCUGGAACAUGUGGAGAUUCAGGGAAAAAACUCAACUUCCAGCUGCAGCCAACGGAUUCUCCACAGCUUUGAGUCACCUGUCACCUGUGACCUUUAAACUUCCACCUCUGAUACAGGUUGUAUCUAACGGAGACACCGGUGCUGCACGCUACUGCUUCUACUCUUCAGGCUCUCUUCCUUCCCCUGCUCUGCUCGCCUCUUUGCCAACAACAAACUUUGUCCUGUGAGCUCCGGCUGCUCCGCGACUGACCAGCCUCAGCGCUAACCUUCACCCGUACAUGGAGACUCCGAGCUGGGCAGGAAACACGUUGUGCAAGUCAGGAAGCAUUGCUGUUUUCGGGAACGUGGUGUACAGCGGCCUGCUGAACGAGCACCUCUGGCAUUUGGGAGUUCCCCUCUUCACCAGACUGGGUAACCAAGAGGCCACCAACCCUCCGGAAGCCAUGGCCCAGCCGUACACCCCCGCCCAGUACCCCCCUCCCCCACAGAACGGCAUCCCGGCUGAGUUUGCCGCGCCGCACCCACUGCCCACGCAGGACUACACGGGCCAGAGCCGCGUGCCCGAACACGCCAUGACGCUGUACACGCCGGCGCAGACACACAGCGAGGCGCCCCCUACAGACACGCCCACGCCUAACACCACGAGCGCACCGACAGAUGACGUGACACAGACGGAGGGCUCCCAGCCUCUGCAGCUCCAGCACUCAGACUCGUCGGAGAAGCAGCAGCCCAAACGGUUACACGUCUCCAACAUCCCCUUUCGCUUCAGGGACCCCGACCUGCGGCAAAUGUUUGGGCAAUUCGGGAAGAUCUUGGACGUGGAGAUUAUCUUUAACGAACGAGGAUCCAAGGUGAACAACGCAACGGCGAGAGUGAUGACAAACAAGAAGGUGGCUAACCCGUACACGAACGGCUGGAAGCUGAAUCCAGUGGUGGGAGCUGUCUAUGGUCCUGAACUCUACGCCGUGACGGGGUUUCCCUACCCAGCCACAGGGGCCACGGUCGCCUACAGAGGGGCCCAUUUGAGAGGCCGGGGCCGGGCUGUCUACAACACCUUCCGCACCGCCCCCCCUCCUCCACCCAUCCCAGCCUAUGGAGCUGUUGUCUACCAGGAUGGCUUCUACGGUGCAGAGAUCUAUGGAGGCUAUGCAGCGUACAGAUUUGCCCAGCCCACCACCACCGCCGCCUACAGUGACAGUUAUGGACGAGUCUAUGCAACAGCGGACCCCUACCACCACACGAUUGGGCCGGCCGCCACAUACAGUGUGGGGACUAUGUAAAUAAAGGAGGAGCUGUACUCAGUAUUGAUGGACAUCACAGAUGAAACCGGCGAAGGCGAGAGGAGAACUAGCUUUAGGAAAAUAUCACAGAAGACUCCCUCUGGAGGCUGGACGAGGGAAGGCGAGGCGGACACUCGGGCGCACCGCGCUGUCAAACCAGCCACAAACCCACCGGAGUGAGCCAGUUUCCACCUGGGACCACCUUCUGAGUAGAAAAAGACAGAGAGAGAAAGUGUCGCGUUAUUAUAAAACAUUUUAUUUUUCUAUACUUUUGUGAUUUACAUGGUAAAAAAGUGUGUAUAAAGCAGUAUAUAUGUACAAAUCUGUUUUUAUGUUUUUUGGUAAGGGAGAUGAACAGUUGGCCCUUCUGAUGCUGAUCUAAAGUUUGUGGAAGGACGAGGAGGGCUCACUCUCCCCCGGCCGCUUUUCUCCAAGGCACAUUGAAAAAAGAAUAAAACACAAAGGAAAGGUGGCAGGGAGGGGCUGAUCCAGGCUCUUCUGCUGUACUUCCACUCUCCCUCCUGCGUCCUCCCUCCUCGCUUCCUUCCUUCCUCACUUCCUUCCUGGCGGCCGCUGGCGUCGCUUCGUUCUUCUUCUUCCAUGUUGGCGCGAGGUCAGCGGCCGCAGCAGAAUACUGUUAGCGGCGUCCCCUGUGGAUUCUGUCGUGAUGUCACUUCCUCCUCGCUGGCAGCACCACUGGGCUCCGCCCCUUCCCAGUCUCUUUGGGCCUGUCGGUCCGGUUUACAGCGUUGGGGAGUGGGGGGUGACUCACGGCGGCAGCUCUCCUCGCUCUGCCCCUCUCCAGGCCCCAGCAGAGCUCACUGACUGAGGACUAGUUAAGAAAAUGGCGUCUAAAACAUGAAAAACAGACUCAAAAGACUGACAACGUCGCCGGAUUUACUCACCUGCCAACUCCAGAGCCCAAGCCUUUGUGUCACUGUGUGCCGCUAGAAAAAGACCAACCGGAAGCGGCGCUAUGCACGAGAAUAACUCCUCAUCGUCCAUGUAACUAAUUGAAUUAUACUCCAGUAAUCCCAUUGUACUACAUCGCAGGUGCAUAACCAAAACACAAGCCUGAGGCAAACUGACUCUCUAGAGAAAACAUUAUAGAAAACGGUAGUGCCCAUCCAGCGGUAACAAAGAACGAGGGCUGACAAUGUCAAUUUAUUUGUCAAUGUAUUCUGAGAAUAUGUACCAUUCUGUGUGUUCUGUUGUGUGCGGCACGGAGGAAUUUUGAAGAGUUUGGUGGAAGCAAAACCUUAAUUCUUUUUUAUCAGGAGAGUCACUGUAAUGUGUUUUAAACAAGAAUGUUGGUUCAGUUCUUUGAAUGUACUUUAUGUCUAGGGUGUCCAAUAUGUAUUCAUUUUCUGUAUAUAAAUAUAUAUACAUAUCUAUUCUAUGGGCUGUGGUGACGUCAGGGAGUAGAGGGGGAGGGCAGCCCCUCUCCGAGUGUGUCCCUGAACUGUACUGUAACAUGUGAUCAUGUGUUUAUGAUGAAAGUGUGAUGGUUUCGUGUGAACUGCUCCCCCUCCCUCGGGACCCGCCCCUGUGCAAACCAACCCAAGCAGAUCCAUAAUUUUGCCCCACCAACAUCGAGACUUCAGGAAGACUUUGGCCUCCUCGCCCGCAGUCGCUGGGAAGGACUUGCUAAUUAGCGAAACGUGCUGUGGGUGUCAAAGUUUAUGAAUAUUGAUUUUUUUUUCUUCUUCUUCUUCUUCUAACUUGAACCAAAGUAUGAUUUGAACACAGUGCUCUUUGAUCAGGAGACAGCGGGACUUGGCGAUGGUGGACGUGUAUCGAUGUGACCCAGUUUCUGUUCACCAUCUGAGUUUUGUGGGACUUCCUGUCUUUCUCCCCCGCUCCUCUCCUGCUCUCACCGGUCCAGGGCUUCACAAAUCGGGUUGGAAAAGUCCUCUAAUGUGGACACACGGUGGAAGUAACUGCCCUCGAAAUGGAACUAUUUCCCAUAAGGCAGUGCAGCAGCGAGACUUUUGGGUGAAGCACAACUUGUUUUGAAAGUUCAGGGUAGACUACUGCUCAAGUGGAAAGACAAGAGAGUGCUCCUGGCCUGUACAAAACUGCAGUUGGUACUGUUAAUAUCCUGUACAGAACUCACCUCACACUAUUUCUUGAUCAUUUAUUUCAGGUUGAAAAAAGAGACUGAUUCAGGGCUCCUACCCACGCGACCUCUCUCCAUCUCUGUAGACAGCUUCUCAUAUAUUACAAAGAGUAUUUAUCAUGGCAACUUACUGUUGUGAAGUCUCUAUGGGGUAAAAAGUCGGCCAUUUUUUCCUCCCAUGCAGUGAUCAUAUGCAGGCUUUAGCGUUUUCGUAGCUGUAGGUUAGUUUUGGAGAGGCUCACAACUGAUUCGCCUUGGCCUACUUUUUUAAAAAACAGGCGCGUCGUAAAAAGAGAAAAAUAUACCGAUAAAAAAAAUAAAUAACGAAGGCGGGGCGGAGUUUUAGUUUUUGACGCCAACUUCCAACUGGGAGGCAGAAGAGACAUGAAGAACCACAGUUUAACGAAUGGUCCGUCCACUGAAUUUAUCUAUGCACUCUGCAACUAAACAGACUUGAUGUCACAUGUGGUAGGGACAUUUUUAGGAAGACUUCAUUGUUCUUAUAGCUCAUUAGCCAGGACUUUUCACAUUUUAAAGAUAAGGCUGCCUUUACGCUAUUUUAUCAACUAAUCCUCGAAAAAGACAAAAAACACGUAAAUAUCAUAUCGCCUGAUCCAUCGAAGUCCAUCGGUUCUUUCUGAUCACGUAGAGAGAAAAAAUGCAAAUUGGACAGUGAUCUUUUUUUUAGAAAUCAGAAAACGUGUACGCUAACUCGGCACAACGGUCUCGUAUCCUUAAAACUUGGCACUUUUUCAGGGAAGCAAUCAUGUUUACAAGAACACUAGAUGAAGCUAAUCUUUAGUGCUAACGCUAUUGCUAAAGUAGAAGCUGUAAAAACAAUGCUAUACUCAUCGUCUAUGUGUGUAAAAUGUAAAAUUUGUAUGC